AAUCCAAUGAAUCAUUAAUCUGAUAGUGGAGACAAAUUAACUUCCACAACAUACUUAAUAUUGUAUUGGAAGAAUGACAUAAGUUUUGGUCAGAUGUUAAUGAAUCAGCAAGCAUCCAUCAUUUUCAAACCACAGAAAUUUGAGUCAGUGUGCCUUAUAUUUUGCAUUGACCUGUACAAGCAUAUAUUAGUACCCACUCCUCAGACCGCAACUUCUAGAGAGUCUUCUCCAAUUGUUGCCAUGGCCUCCCAUAUCCAAACUCACUUCGUCUUGCUGCCCCUAAUGGCCCCAGGCCACAUGAAUCCAAUGAUAGACAUUGCUAGGUUGUUGGCAAGGCGAGGUGAAAUUGUCACCAUAGUCACCACAACCCUCAAUGCCAAAAGGAUUGAAACAAUUGCCAGUGGGCUCUGUAUUCGAAUAGUUCCACUCCAAUUCCCAUCUGUUGCUGCCGGCUUACCCGAAGGUUGUGAAAAUUUAGAUAUGAUCCCUUCGAUGGACUCACUCUCACAGUUUUUCGUGGCAACAGACAUGCUACAACAACCAGUUGAAGAAUUGCUUGCAGAGCUAAAACCCCGGCCCAGCUGCAUCAUAUCCGACCUGAGUUUUUGGUGGACAACACUUGUUGCUCAAAGGUUUCAGAUUCCAAGGCUUGUCUUCCACGGAACAGGUUGCUUCGCGCUCUAUGUUACGCGUAGGUUGAUGAUUUCCAAGGUUCCGAACAACGUAAAAUCUGAUUCGGAUUAUAUGGUUGUCCCUGGCCUGCCGCACAGAGUUGAGCUUACUAAGGCUCAGCUUCCGGGUUUGGCUAACCCGAGUGUAUCUGGCAUAAAUUAUUUCCAUGAGCGGAUGAAAGAAGCUGAGAAGAACGCGUAUGGGAUAGUGGUGAACACUUUUGAGGAGUUGGAAAUGGAUUACGUCGAGGAAUUCAGAAAGGUUAUGAACAAAAGAGUUUGGUGUAUUGGUCCUGUUUCACUGUGCAACUCAGACAAGUUAGAUUAUAAGGCCGAAAGAGGUAACAAGGCCUCAGUGGAUCAACACAAUUGCUUGAAGUGGCUUGCAUCCAGGGAAACCAAUUCUGUAAUCUAUGUUUGCCUUGGAAGCUUAUCUCGUCUGUCAACUGGGCAGAUGACUGAGCUUGCACUGGGUUUGGAGGCGUCGCAACGACCGUUUGUGUGGGCUACGAGGUACAAAUCAGGUGACUUUGAGAAAUGGCUUUGUGAAGAAAAAUUCGAAGAAAGAAUCAAUGACAGGGGUCUUUUAAUCCACGGUUGGGCACCACAGGUACUAAUCCUCUCUCAUCCUGCAGUUGGUGGAUUCGUUACACAUUGUGGCUGGAACUCGACUCUUGAAGGGAUUUCUGCUGGUGUGCCACUGAUAACUUGGCCCAUGUUUGGCGAGCAAUUCUGCAAUGAGAAGUUGAUUGUGAACAUACUGCGGGUCGGGGUUAGAGUUGGAGUAGAAUUUCCUGUUAGAUUCGGAGAGGAGGAAAAGGUUGGGGUGCAGGUGAAGCAGCAAGACUGUAAAACAGCUAUUGACGAAUUGAUGAGUGAAGAACAAGAAGGAAAACAAAGAAGAGAGAGAGCUCGAAAACUUGGGGAAAUGGCAAAGAGGGCACUAGAGGAAGGGGGUUCUUCUCACCUAAAUCUGGAUUUGCUGGUCCAAGAUAUCACAGAGCAUCCGAUGGAAUAGAAGACGAACGGCCAGUGAAAUCAAACAUCACUCACCACCGCGUUGGGUGGAGCGGUGGUGAUUGUUUCAAGUUUCAACCGGUUAAAGGUUUUUAAUAAACACACCAAAAUAAUUUCGAAUAUACUACUAUUUGUAUCAACUUUUUACGUAUAAUAUUUUAGGAAUGAACAGCUGGAACACGAAACAGCUUUGACUACCAAAGUUUGACACAGGAGCGAUUUUGGUCUCUAAAGUUUGAUCUUAGCC